AGUGACUGCAGGUAUUGGUGACUGUGUGUGUGUGUGUGUGUGUGUGUCUAGAAGUGUGUGUGUUGGAGAGUAAAAGAGAUAAAAAGAGAGAGGGAGAGAGGCGAGCAGCGUUUCUUCUCCCCCUUCUAGCUUCCCCAUUUCCCUGCUCCCUGUCACUCCGUCCUUCCUCCCUUCCCGGACCACCCUGCCUCGAGCUGGAUAAGACCCCGGACCUCCCCAGGACCCUCCUCCCCUCACCCCUUUGACUCUCCUCACUUCUCCGACCCGCCUUGUCAACAGAGCAGGAUUCACAGGAUUACAAGACUGUUUAAAAAAAAAAGCUCUUCAAUAAACCUGAAGAGGGAAGUGUUAUCAGACACAGUUAAACAUUUGAAGUGGUCACCAAAAACAUUGCUCAGGAACCGGACUCUCCCCAGUCCUCUGGAAAGGCGACAGCACUAGGUCACAUGACCUGGAAGAGAAAACUCAGAACACUUUUGGGAUCCCUCUUUGGUGACCGGCCGGCUGCUGUUCCAUCACACUCCUUCCAUUCCUGAGCAAACCCUGAUCCACAACCAUCCUCCUCUCCCCACCUCCACCCCCAGUAUGGAGCCCAACAAAGUCCAGCCAGAGGGUGGCCUCAAUGUCACCCUCACCAUUCGCCUCCUCAUGCAUGGCAAAGAGGUUGGAAGUAUUAUUGGCAAGAAAGGGGAAACUGUGAAAAAAAUGCGUGAGGAGAGCGGAGCACGCAUCAACAUAUCAGAAGGCAAUUGUCCUGAGAGGAUUGUCACCAUUACCGGCCCAACAGAUGCCAUCUUUAAGGCCUUUGCAAUGAUUGCCUAUAAAUUUGAGGAGGAUAUAAUCAAUUCAAUGAGCAACAGUCCAGCCACCAGCAAGCCUCCUGUCACCCUGCGGCUGGUGGUGCCAGCUAGCCAGUGUGGAUCCCUCAUUGGAAAGGGAGGCUCCAAGAUCAAGGAGAUGAGAGAGUCCACAGGGGCUCAGGUUCAGGUGGCAGGGGAUAUGCUUCCCAAUUCCACAGAGCGUGCUGUGACAAUCUCCGGGACCCCCGAAGCCAUAAUCCAGUGUGUCAAACAAAUCUGUGUGGUCAUGCUGGAGUCCCCACCAAAAGGUGCCACCAUUCCCUACCGCCCUAAGCCUGCUUCCACCCCCGUCAUUUUUUCAGGUGGCCAGGCCUAUACAAUUCAGGGACAAUACGCCAUCCCACACCCAGAUCAGUUGACCAAGCUCCACCAGUUGGCUAUGCAGCAAACCCCCUUUACCCCUCUUGGACAGACUACCCCUGCUUUCCCUGGGUUGGAUGCUAGUCCCCCGGCCAGUACUCAUGAACUCACCAUUCCAAAUGAUCUAAUAGGCUGCAUCAUCGGGCGCCAGGGAACCAAAAUCAAUGAGAUCCGACAGAUGUCCGGUGCGCAGAUCAAAAUUGCUAACGCCAUGGAGGGUUUGUCAGAGCGCCAGAUCACCAUCACAGGAACCCCCGCCAACAUCAGCCUUGCCCAGUACCUCAUCAAUGCAAGGUUCAGGGAUGUGGCCGCCAUGUGGAAUGACCCUUCAUCCAUGACAACAUCCUGAAGCCCAAAUCGGAUUCUAUUAAGAGAAGCUAAUGGCAGCAACUGUCUCCCAACACUCCCACUGAACUUACUGGCUCCUCAAAUUCACUUAGCACUUAGCUUUAGCCACAGCUAAGAAGGUGAUUUCUAAAGCUAAGCAGGAAAAAAAUGACUUUUUGUUCAUUGUACUGUAAAGAGUAAAAUAGUGUUUCAGCAUGCAGAAUGCUUAGGAUAAUUGUUUCAUUUCUUUUUUUUUUUGCUGGGUCAGUGAUUAGUUUUGCAGUUUCAAACUUGUAGUUCCUUGUCAGGAUAGUAAACAAAACGUUUAAAAAAGAGGAAAACAAUAAAAGAAGAAAAAAAAAAUGGAAUUCCGUCUGAAUGUUAAUGAGUAAUGUUGUUGGUUGUUGGCAAGCAAACUAAAGUAAUGCAUUUGUAGAAGGAAUAUUGCUGAUUCAAGUGAAAGGAAGCUGUUUUUAAAGAAAUAGGUUUUGGAUGCUCUACAUUUUUUACUUGUUUUUACCAAGUGCAUUAUCAAGUCCAUACGCAUGCAUUAUCAGUAAACAGGAGUACUAUUACAUGGAGACUAAAAACUAGAAAGCUUUCCCUAUUGUGCAAAAUUGCACAAUCUUGUUUUAUUUUGUUCACAUUUUCUAUCUUUCCUUCACCCUUCCCUCUUACCUGUUCCUUACCUGUUUUAAGCUUACUAAAUGUGGCAUAUUUAAAUUUACACCAGUCAUUCUUCACUGCAUCUCAUGACCUUUGAGCCAGUUGCGUGCGUCUUGAUUUGUAUUGUCUUUGUAUUUAGCUGUUCUGCGCCUUUCAGUGACCCUAACAGAUGUUUUAUAAUGUAAACAUAAUAUCCACUGUUAAAUUGUUACCUGCCCACCACCCACCUAUUUCAAAGAGUACUUUACUGUUUUGACAUUCUAGUACUUUCCGUGACAUCACCAAUACUUCAAACUCCUUUUUUUAUCAGUUUAAAACAUAUACAGUGUGUUGUGCACACCACUGAAGAAUAUCUUCAAAGAUCAGCUCUAAAUUAAGUUGUCAUUACAUGGGUCUUUAUACUAUUGAAGAAAAAAGUCAGUGGGAUUUAAAUGUUACUUUGUAUUGUUAAGGUUUCUCAAAUAAUCCUCAGAAUUCAUACUGCGGUGUAGUUGAUGUUGUUAAGCCCUGGAAACAACGAGGUAAAGAGAGGCAUUCACCAGGUAAAGAGGAGCAUUCCACAUAUAGUCAUAUAGAUUGAGAGAAUGUGCAUGCUACUUUUAUGUACUGUACUUGUCUGUCUGUCUUUCUGUCUGAUUGUUUGGUAUGUGACAUUACACUGAAAUGACAUAACUGCAUUUGUAUUAAAAAAAAAAUUGUAGUGGCUUAUGGAAUGAGUUAACAUUAACUGCUGAUUGGCAUAGAUGAAACACUGAACCCAACUGCAUUCAUGUAAAACAUUGUAGACAUGUAAUCUGUUAAACAAAUAUCCAUCACAUUUGUUUAAUUAUAAAAUGCCAUCAUAGGAAGCUUCAGCAUUACUUAUUCUGAAAGUGAAUACUAAAAUGUGGUUAUUGAUCAUUGGAUCCCUUUCAGUUUUCCCAGUUGCUUCUUUUUUAAUGUAUUAAUUUCCACCUUCAGCUAAAAUCAAUCCAGUAACAACAUUUUUUUGUGUUAUUGAUCAGAAUGACAGCAUUUAGUGGGACAUGGGACAGCCCUAAACCAAUCGUGAUUGAUUCUGGACAAAGAUUUACCCUCUGAGUAUUAAAUUAUAUUUGCACAGUAUCAAAUACUUUUGAGCUUUGGAAUGUUCCAAUGUUUGGAGCAGAACUCAAAAGACAAAAGCGCAGUUUACAAUGGUCUGAAAAAGCAGCCUUCUCAAGACGUAAUUGUUAUUUUUUAUUAAUACUUUAUAUAUUUUUAGACAAACAACAAAUCUGGAGUUCAGCAAUAUUUUAUAAUGAUACUUUGGUUGCUUUUUGAAUUAUAACCAGUUAUUCUUCAAAUACAUUUUUGUAGCUGCUGUUAUUGUGCCAUCAAAUAUUUGUAAUAAUUCAGAUGCCCUAUCAUUAGGCCAAACUAGGGACUAAAACCUUUAUUCAGAGAUAUCAAUGACAUUUCCUGGUUCGUCAAGACCAUCCUUGGAAAGCUUACUUUUUGUUUGGCUCAUUGCCCAUUGUUAGUGGUUCUGUCAUGUGAAAUCACUAACAUUUAUUUAGAUAGUUUGGCACAGAAAGUUGAAGUUGAAUGUAAUCAAUUUUACCAUUCUGAGAAAUGUACUGUUCUUUUCAUGAUAAUUAUGUUCUUUGUUCAUUUUUGUUUAAUAAUCCUUCAUUUUGGAUGAACGUAAUGUGCCUGAAAAGGUAGACAACAGAUGAAAUACUACAAGGUUUACUAAGCUGCUUUUGAUUGGAAUUGAAAUUUGGAUAAAAGUGAAUUAACACAUGUCAAUAUGGAUAGACAAGGGGGUUGUAUUGAACUCCAUCUUCCACUAUUGCAGGUGAUCAAAAGAUGAAUUAGACAUACAUAUGUUUACAUAAACUAUAGCCACUGAUCUACACAAUUAUUUGUUUAAACAUCUUAAUUGUUGCACUGAUUUGUCAGCCAACUUAAUCAAGCUGCUCUUAAGUUUUAACAUCAAAUAAACACACAGGCAUAUGACUCUUUUCAAUGAUUUCCUUUUGAUUCAGUUUUUUAUGUGUCCCUCAAAACCUUACUAAACCUUACUGUGUUCAUUUUGGCUGUUGAGUUGCACAUACCGUACAUAAGAACAGCAGUUUUGAUCAGAACAUUCAAGUGCAAGUUGCACUACAUGCAUGACAAACACGUUUCAUUACAGGCUGUCAUUUUAAGCAUACAUACUAAAUCACUUUGUACUAGAGCACUCUUUGUACUUGAGCAGCAAAAAAAAAACAAUGGCCCUUUUGCCUCUACGCUGAUUUAAUGUUUAAAAUUGUAAGAGUUAGGUUAUAUUUAUGGUAAUUUGCUGCCUGCAGGUCUAUAUUAGAUUGAUUUAUUGAGGUUUGGUUCAAUUUUGACAUGUUUUGUAAAAAGGAAUAAUAAAGUAUUGUUUUCCCUUGA